GGGGGUUGGCAUCUUCUAUUUCUACCAGACCCAAAAUCUCCACAAAACCUAUCGCUACACGCACUAUCACACCACCACAAAGAGAGAGUUUUCGAGAAAGCGAGGAUGGCGGCAACUGUCAGCGCGUGGGCUAAACCAGGCGCAUGGGCUCUGGAUUCGGAGGAGAACGAGACGGAGCUCCUCCAGCAACACAAGGAAGAUGCCGAUGCCGCUAACGGUCAUUCCAUUGCCGCCGAAACUGCCGAGUUCCCCUCUCUUGCCGCCGCCGCCGCCAAGAAAACUAAGAAAAAGAAGGCGCAGACACUUUCUCUUCAGGAAUUCACCACGUACGGCGCGGCUAAGCCGUCAGCGUCUCAGCCGAAGGGCUUGACGCCGGACGAGCUCUUGGUUCUUCCUACGGGUCCGCGUCAGCGUUCGGCCGAGGAGCUCGAUCGGAAUAAACUUGGCGGCGGAUUCAGAUCCUACGGUGGCGGCAUGAGGGAUGAGCAACCGCGGCGUCAGGGAAGCUUUAAUCGGGAGUCUAAUCGUGAAUUUGUGCCCUCUAGGGCUGAUGAGACUGAUGAUUGGGCUGCGGGGAAGAAGUCGUCUAGUAAUAAUGGGUUUGAGAGAAGGGACAGGGGAGAAAGAGGGGGUUUUUUCUCGGAUUCGCAAUCGCGAGCAGAUGAAGUUGAUAAUUGGGCGUUGAAAAAGAGUUUUGUUCCCUCGGAGAACAGGAGACAUGAGAGGAGAGGGGGUUUCGGGUUGGAAUCUAGUAAUGGUGGUGCAGAUUCGAGUAAUUGGGUGUUGAGGAAGGAAGAGGAGGGGCGCAGGAUUGGUGGAGCGUUUGAUAGCUUGAGGGAGAGGAGAGUAGGGGGUCUUGAGUCGAAUGGGGCAGAUUCUGAGAGUUGGGGGAGGAAAAACGAGGAUGGGAGUGUUAGUGGUAGGCCGAGGUUGAAUCUGCAGCCUAGAACACUGCCGGUUGUGGAAGGGCAGAAAAGUGACAGUGCCAGUGUGGUGAAGCCUAAGGGAACCAAUCCAUUUGGUGAGGCCAGGCCAAGGGAGGAGGUAUUGAAGGAGAAGGGCCAAGAUUGGAAAGAGAUCGAGGAAAAGCUUGAGUCUACUAAGAUUAGGGAGGUUGUUUCUGCGGGACCCUCUGAUGCGCCAAAGAGAAGCUUUUGGAGCGGAAAUGGGAGAGACAGGUCUCGCCUGGAAGAUAAGACUGAGAGGGCUUGGAGGAAGCAAGAAUCAGCUGAUUUGCCUUCCCAGAGUUCCGGUGAAUCUGAAAAUGAACCUGCUGAGAGCACUGAAAACGGACAUGUUGAAGAGGCUAAAGAGGGAGAUACUCAGAUAUGAUAUGCGGGGUGUUCUUUGAAAAGGAAGGGACAAUACACAAUGUGGCAUAAAGAGUUGAUGGUUGGACUCCUCUUGAAAGUAACAUAGUUGAAUCUGGCAUGCAGAAUUGAUGUGCUGAAUUUAUAGUAUGUUGGUUCUAGAGUUUUUCUUCCUUUGGUUUUGUUUUUUGUUACAAACAUCAUUCCAGUGCACAUUGUAGAGCAAUUUUGGUAGACUUACAGGUAGAUUUCUUCAAUGGCCUUUAUGGGUUGUUUGUACUUGGUGUGGCGACUAUUCAAUGUGUUUCUAUAAUAUUUUUUGAGUCCGUUCUGCAUUGUGGAAAUGAUGUUAUUCAAGCUCAAGCAAAAGAAGAAAGGACCUUAACCUGUUUCUCAUACA